AGUCCAUUCAUUAGUCGAUCGGACUUCUUGGCUGACGCAACGAAUAGUCAAAUAGUCGCGCACAUACCACCCAUAACUUCAGAUUUUAUAUCUUUCCGGGAAACAGAACAAAGAUCCUGUAAAAUCGAACGAAAAUUAAGUGAAGUGUUUUUGAAAUCAGGUUUUUCCAAAAAAACAACUAAGUGAAACAAAUCGUAUAAAAAUAAAAUUUAAAAAGUUAAAGAAUAGCAAGAAAUAAAGUUACAAAAAUGUUACCAUCUUGCUAUGCCAAUGGAACUGGCCUGCCGGAUAACGAGGAGCUUGUCAAUUCUCUGCUUGCCAACCCGGAAUACCUUCGAGCCCAAAUCUCCCCCAAUCCACUGGGACCAAGUCCCGUCGGCGGUGUGGGAAUGGAGGGUCUAAUGUGCGGAUCGUUUUCUCCAGCUUUUUACUACCAAGGAAUCGAUAACUUUCUCGCUCUGCAUAACAAUAUCUGGGGUUUGCCCAUUUCCUUCCUGCAUAACUCCCAUCGACCGGAAAAGCCACCAUUUUCCUACAUAGCCCUUAUUGCCAUGGCUAUAAGCAGUGCUCCCAACCAGCGGCUAACUCUCAGUGGAAUCUACAAGUUUAUAAUGGACAAAUUUCCUUAUUAUAGGGAAAACAAGCAGGGCUGGCAGAACUCAAUUCGACAUAAUUUGUCUCUGAACGACUGUUUCGUGAAGGUUCCGCGGGAUAAAAACACCAUCGAGGAUAACGACAGUGCUGGCAAGGGCAGUUAUUGGAUGCUGGACUCCUCGGCAUCGGAUAUGUUUGAGCAGGGAAACUACCGACGAAGAAGGACCCGCAGACAAAGGCAUUGCAGUAACUCAAAUCGCUACGAAAGGGAAAUAGGAAAGGACUCCAACGAAGCCAACAGCAGUGCAGCUGAGAUCCGUUCAUCCAGCGAACAGCUGAAUGAUUUCGAUAUUUUCUGCAACGAAAGACCCAACUACUCAGAUAGGAUUACAGAUCUGCACAGGCAGUAUCUGUCCGUAUCUCUGGGAUUCAACAGUCUGUUCAACAAUGAGGCCAGAGGCAUUCGAGCUCUGCCCACUUCUUCGCUCUCCGAGAUCAGGGAAUCCUCAGAAGAUAUGGAUGCCUCCUGCAGUUCCAGCAAAACUGUUCAAAAUGCAAUGGAACUGCAUGAGGAAUUACAUUCCCCGAGUGCCUUUACUCCUCCCCUUAAUCGGCGGGAAACCACUUCUUCAGGUGUGCCAAUGCUUGGUGAUUCGUUUCAAGGACUUAAGGAUCUGGUGGGGGUAUCAGACAGUAGUCCUGCCAGCAACUCAGCCACAGCGACCAACAAAUCAAAGACUACCCUAUUCACCAUCGACAAUAUCAUUGGCAAGCCUUAAGAUAAUCAGCCUUUAGCAUUUUAAUAUAGUUAAUAGUUUGUUCUAAAUACAAAACAGUGA